AUGGGCGAAUGCAUCGAUGAUUUCCAGCGAAUGGGACGGUACACGGUUCUCAUUUGUGUUCUGUGUGAGUUAAUCGUCUUGCUCCAAGCCGGCAACUUGAUGUUUAUGGUUUUUGGGGGCGCUCCACCAACACUGAUCGGUUGCGAGGAUCGAAAUGACACCGCCUGGCUGCAUCAUCAUGAUUUGUGUGAACUCUAUCAAAAACAGCAAUGCAUCCCAAUCAUCGAGUAUCAAUUUCACAGUGUUAACGUUGAGUUCACUCAUUUGUGCAGUGAGGGUAAACGAAUAAAGGACAGUACAUCGUAUCAAAUGAUCGGUUACAUGGUCGGUGCGAUCGUUUUCGGGCAAGUGUCCGACACUUUUGGACGGAAAUGGGCGUUACUGGAUAGCAGACAGCUCUUUCUUGCCAAUCUUCUCUUCGUUGUACUCCUUUUUUUGGCCCCCACCGUCGCUAUUUAUUGUUUUGUCUUUGCAGCGUUGCGAUGGAUAAUUCAAGCCGUGCAAAUGACUGUCGAAUUUAUCGCAACUUUUCAACAAAACAUCGAUCAUAGAAUAAAAGGUCUUUUUAGUAAA